GCUUCUUAGCUUAUAUCCCGCGCCGGAAGCGGAGCGGCGCCUUCAUUUCAGCUUUUCGGUGAAAGGGUGUCGACAGCAGCUGUGCUUCCACCCGCGCUCGUGCAGGGGCGGCUGGAGUCCUGGGAGCGCGGCGCCGGGCUAUGGAGAAAGAUCCGCGGCUGGGCCUGCCGGGGCUCAUCAGCGCCGGUUUAACUUGAAUAAUUCAAUGAGAGAAGAGCAGAUGGUGACAGUUGCCUCAUGUUAUCUACUGCUGUCCCUUUUGCCCUGCUGUGAUGGAUGAAUGGAAGCCUAACCCACAACCCAAGCCGUGGAAGAAACGCAGCUGGUACCUGGCCUGGAAGUACAAGUUGACAAAUCAGAGGGCACUCCGAAGACUGUGUCAGAUGGGAGCGGUCCUUUUCUUGCUGGUAACUGUUAUUGUGAACAUAAAGUUGAUCUUGGACACUAGAAGGGCAGCCAAUGAAGAAGACGAUUCAGCUCAUGAUUAUGAUGAAAGUUUGCAGAAGCUAGAGAUCCCUCGGCAGCCUAUCAAUAGCAGAAAAGUUCUGGACAUUGAGGCCUAUUCCAGUCGCUCCAAGGUUUAUGUUGCAGUUGAUGGGACCACGGUUUUAGAAGAUGAAGCCCGGGAACAAGGCAGAGGCAUCCAUGUCAUUGUGUUAAAUCAGGCCACAGGCCAUGUGAUGGCCAAGAGGGUUUUUGACACCUAUUCUCCCCAUGAAGAUGAAGCCAUGGUUCUGUUCCUCAACAUGGUGGCCAAGGGUCGCAUCCUUAUCUUCACAAUUAAGGAUGAGGGUUCCUUCCACCUUAAAGACACAGCCAAGAGUCUUCUGAAGAGUUUAGGGAGCCAGAUUGCAGCUUCCCUCAGCUGGCGAGACAUGUGGACAUUUGUGGGGAAAAAAGGAGGUGAGGUCUAUGGCGAGAAGCAUGCCAAGUCUGCAUUGCUCUCCUCAUGGGGAGAGCCAGUCUUGUUGAAAACGGAAGUCCAGUUAACCUCUGUGGAAGCCAUCCAUUCUGGAAGUUGGAAGACCACAUAUCCUCAGGUUGCCAAUGUUGAGAAACACUGCCUUAAAUGUUCAAGUCUGAAAGACAACAAAGUUUUUGAUGUACCUGUUGCUGUCAUUGCAGGGAACAGACCUAACUACCUGUACAGGAUGCUGCGGUCCCUUCUGUCAGCACAAGGGGUCAAUCCUCAAAUGAUAACAGUUUUUAUUGAUGGAUAUUAUGAGGAGCCAAUGGAUGUGGUUGAAUUAUUUGGCCUGAAGGGAAUCCAGCACACACCCAUCAGCAUUAAAAAUGCAAGAGUCUCUCAGCACUACAAGGCCAGUUUGACUGCAACAUUCAACUUGCACCCGGAUGCAAAGUUUGCUGUGGUAUUGGAAGAAGACUUGGACCUUUCCAUUGAUUUCUUCAGCUUUCUAAGCCAGUCUAUCUAUUUGCUGGAAGAAGAUGACAGCUUGUAUUGCAUCUCUGCUUGGAAUGACCAGGGAUACGAACAUACCGCUGAGGAUCCUUCACUUCUGUAUCGUGUAGAGACCAUGCCAGGCCUGGGCUGGGUGCUAAGAAAGACUAUGUAUAAGGAUGAAUUGGAGCCCAAAUGGCCAACACCAGAGAAGCUUUGGGACUGGGACAUGUGGAUGCGCAUGCCAGAACAGCGGAAAGGCCGUGAAUGCCUCAUCCCAGAUGUGUCCCGUUCGUAUCACUUUGGCAUUGUUGGCCUCAACAUGAAUGGCUACUUCCAUGAAGCCUAUUUCAAAAAGCACAAGUUCAACACAGUCCCUAAUGUACAGCUUAAGAAUGUGGAGAGUUUAAAGAAAGAUGCAUAUGAAAUUGAACUUCAUCGUCUGCUCAGUGAGGCUGAAGUUCUAGAUCAUAGUAAAAAUCCUUGUGAGGAUUCUUUUGUGCCAGACACGGAAGGAAAAACCUACGUAAUGUACAUAAAGAUGGAACAGGAGGCAGAUUUCAAUACUUGGACUCAGCUUGCCAAGUGCCUCCACAUUUGGGAUCUGGAUGUCCGGGGGAAUCAUAAAGGACUAUGGCGGCUCUUUAGGAAAAAAAAUCACUUCUUGGUUGUAGGAGUCCCUGCCUCUCCAUAUUCAUUCAAAAAACCUCCUUCAGUGAUCCCAAUCUACAUAGAACCCCCAGCCAAGGAUGAGGCAGCAGGAGCAGAGCAAACAUGAAGCAGAUCAUGGAGUGUUGACCAUAUUGCCUUCAUAGCCUGCAGAAUAGGAGGGCAGAGGAACACUUAGAGCUCUCUGGGACUGCUUUUCUCUGGAAGUCUGGAGAAGUAGGACAAGCCAAAGGGAGCUUUCCCCAUCCCUCAUCCUCAGGCUGCUGCUGAGAGUGGAUAAAUUGCCUUGGAAGAACAGGCAUCUUUAAUAUUUUUCUAAGCCAGCGAAACAAUGCAGUUGUCUCAUUUUUAAUAUUGAUGCUUUACUAAUUGUGGGCCACUAUUUCCCCAAAUUGGGGUUGGGCCUGAGGGAGCUAUUUGAAAGGGAUUGAGUCCCUUUAGAAGCUCUUUCCACGUUGUUACCUGAGGAUAUAUAUAUUUUUUAAUUUAUUAGUUUGCUGCAGUGGUCAGCCACUUUCUAAAGGCUUGUUUUCUUGCUUUAUAUUUCUGAUGGUUUUUGAGGUGAGUAAUAAUGAUGGGAAAUGUUCCUAGAAACCCACAUACCACUGCCUGGCUAGUGACUUUAUGGUCAGUGGUUCACAUGCGUACAAAGAAGAGUUUUGUGGCCUUGGCUUCGUGAUCAAAGGAUGCAAGCUGCAAAAGAACUGCAUGUGUACUGAAUGUCCUGAUCACUCAGGCUCGUAAUUUCCUUUUUCCCCCUCUCAUCCUCUCCUCCCAUUGGACAGAGAUGGCAGUGAAAGGUUGUCCCUUUCAAAGUUAUGGGUUCUAGGUUCCCUGUGGAUCUGCCUGGAUUUACCUAAGGCAGUUGGUCUUGGUUGAAAUAUCUGAAAAGAUACAGGCUACAUGGUUUCAUCAUUUCCAUAAAAUGCCUGCAGAAAGAGCUAAGCAGCAGUAAAGAAGAAAAGUGCCUUGAGCAAGCAUGUGCUGGCCUGGGAAGCUUUAGUAUAUCAGGGUGCAGAAAUAGUAAAUGAGUCGGAUUAAAUCUUACUUCUGAGUGAGGCUGGUCUGUAGGUUUCUGGAAACCAAACCCAGAAGUAGCCAGCCAUGAUAGGGUCUUUCUACAACUAAUUGAGACUCCACUUGCUCUCCCUCCUGUGAUGUAACCUGAGUCCCACUCCUGCUAAAUGUGAAGUGCAGGUACUAAAGUAUUUUGCCCCCAAAGGAAAAUCCAAAGGGACUUGUAUGCACCGAGGAAGAUUUUGGUACUAAGUCCUAAGAAAGGGCAACUGGGCUCUCCUAGAUAGAUAAUCAGAGGUGGAAGGGUGUGGGGAGACAGAGGAGGAAGCAAUUCAGGGAUAAAGAGGAAAUCAUGGUUUCCUCUUGGAUAUCCUGUGCCUUAUGGAGAAGAGGGAACGUUUUAGGUCUCAAAUGUGACUUUCAAUAUAUUCACACCAUGAAUAGAUUAAGGGAAAAGGAAAUGAACAUUCCCCUCAAGGGAACAACUAGAUUCUAGUUUGAGGCCACCUUUCCUUCAUUUUGUUGAGUUAUCUCUUUGUGUUUUCCUCUUUUUCCUCACUGUCCUCCAAACUUGUCUAAUACCAGUAUGAGUUAAAGA